AUGGUCCGCUCCGCGACUGGUUUCUGUACCAUCAUUUUGCACCUUAUCAUCAGCAACUGUUCCCUCACGCAUGGCUACCCGCGCAUCAUACCAGUCGGGUUUAUCUAUCCAGAACUGGACAACUUGAGAAGAGCGAUUGCUUUCGCUACUGAACAGCAGAACAUCGACCAGUCACAGCAGCUAUUUAAACUGGACGUAAAAAGGGUGGAACUGAAGGACAAAGGAUCGAUCAAUAUGUGGAAAUACAACAAGAUAGCAUGUGAUCUUCUGAAGAAAGGAGUCUUCGCAAUUGCCGCUUCUGGAGACCUGAAAUCCCGUCCGGCGUACGCGGCAGUGGCCAAGGAAAUGCACGUUCCGUUUGUGAGCUGGUGCGUGAUUCCGCAGGCGACCUGCAAUGAAUUCGAGGUCUUCAUAAUGCCGCCGGUGGACGAGAUCGUCGCCAAUAUCAUUAUUAACAAACAAUGGAGAAAAAUAGCAUUUCUAUACGACUCAGAUUACGGGAUGGUGAAGUUACACUCCAUAUGCAAACAUCUGACCGAUGCGGGUGUGACUGUGUCUUUCGAGAUCAUACCGUUGCCAGAGCCGGAAGCCAACUUAACAAUGGAGGCGUUUGCCGAA